AUGGCUUUUGUAGCAGCAUUACUUUUGAGUUCAGUAUUAUAUUUCUCUGCCUUUUCACAAGGGAAUGCUCUGAGUUUUAAUUACUACACUAAAACAUGCCCUGAUGUUGAAUAUGUUAUUGCACAAGUUGUCAGGAAAGCAACCAUGAAAGACAAAACUGUCCCUGCAGCACUGCUCAGAAUGCAUUUCCAUGACUGUUUUAUAAGGGGAUGUGAUGGUUCUGUGUUGCUGAACUCAAAAGGGGGAAACAAAGCAGAAAAGGAUGGACCUCCAAAUGUUUCACUGCAUGCAUUUUAUGUAAUUGACAGUGCAAAGAAAGCAGUUGAAGUUAUCUGCCCUGGCAUUGUCUCUUGUGCCGAUAUAUUGGCCUUAGCUGCUAGAGAUGCUGUUGUGCUGACUGGAGGGCCAACAUGGGAGGUUCCUAAAGGAAGAAAAGAUGGAAAAAUAUCACAAGCCAGAGAAACUAGACAAUUGCCAGCUCCAACCGUCAACAUUUCUCAACUUCAACAGAGCUUUUCUCAAAGAGGUCUUUCCAUGGAAGACCUUGUGGCUCUUUCAGGUGGGCACACUCUGGGUUUCUCUCACUGUUCAUCCUUCCAGAAUAGAAUCCACAACUUCAACUCGACCCACGACAUUGAUCCGACCCUUCAUCCAUCCUUUGCAGCAAGCUUAAAAAGCAUUUGCCCCAUCAAUAAUAAGGCAAAGAAUGCGGGCACUAACAUGGAUCCUUCAUCGACAACUUUUGAUAACACCUACUACAAGCUAAUACUCCAGAAGAAGAGUCUGUUCUCUUCAGAGCAGGCUCUUCUCACAAUUCCAAGGACAAAAGAUUUGGUUUCAAAGUAUGCAAGCUCGAAAAAAGCUUUUAACACAACAUUCGUUAAUUCUAUGAUUAAGAUGAGCAGCAUCACAGGAGGUCAAGAGGUUAGAAAGGAUUGUCGAGUGGUAAACUGA